CGUCAUGCUUUCAUGCGUUGCUUUGAUUCUAAUCACGAAACUUUCACACCUGGUUGGGGCCCACCCUAAGGAGCGUAUUAUUUCCCUUGCUUGUUUUUGCCUGACAUUUGAGCCUCUUUUUAUUGGUUGAAUCCUUGUUUUCUCAUUCCAUAAUCCGCAAAUUGUACGAGAAUUAUUAUUUUUUUUAUUUUUUUACCGGCAUUCGAGAUUGUCACGUCGACAAGCCAAACCUCGGAGAUUCAGAAUUGAAGAGAUGAAGAUUGGACCUCAAUAGUACCAAAUCCUAUUUAGUAUUCACAUUUACUACCAUGGAUAGUUCUGCGGAACCGUCAUCGUCCGUCAGUUUCACCUCAUCGUCUCAUUUAUCAAACGGGUCCACCAUUAAUACUCACACGAAUCCCGAGAAGGCUGAGCUGAAUCUCGAAAGAAUCAGUUUGAAUAAACUGAGCUCGAAUUUGGGGCAGCUUCUCUGCGAAUCACCCGACGGUGAUUUUACCGAUGCUGAAAUUGUGGUCGAAGAAAAUACAGUUGGCGUGCACCGGUGCAUUUUAGCUGCCCGGAGCAAGUUUUUCCGAGAUCUUUUCACGAACGAGAGGGGUUUUGGCGGGAAGAAUGGGAGGCCGAGCUAUUACAUGGCUAAUUUUUUGCCGUGUGGAAGCAUUGGGUAUGAUGCUUUUGUUCUGUUCCUCAAUUAUUCUUAUACGGGAAAGCUUAAUCAGUCGCCAGUUGAGGUGUCGACAUGUGUCGACAGCUCGUGCACACACGACUCGUGUGGGCCCGCUGUUAAUUUUGCUGUGGAGUUGAUGUAUGCAUCGACGAUUUUUCAGGUUCCCGAGCUUGUCUCGCUUUUUCAGGAGCUCCCGCCAGCUGUCGCCACCGAAGUCAAACUUCUCCGGCAAAAUUCUUCUCCUCCUCAUCCCGAACAGGACAAUGACCGAGUCAACUCGGCCUCGAAAAGCGUUAGGAGAAUACUCCGUGCCCUCGACUCGGACGAUAUCGAGCUCGUUCGCCUCCUCCUAACCGAGUCCGACACGACACUCGACGAGGCUUAUGCCUUACACUACGCGGCUGCAUAUUGCGACCCGAAAGUAGUGUCCGAAAUCCUCAGCCUUGGCCUUGCGGACGUGAACUUACGAAACGCUCGUGGCCUCACGGUGCUCCACGUGGCGGCCAGGCGAAGAGAACCGUCUGUUAUAGUCUCGCUUUUGAACAAAGGGGCUUGUGCUUCGGAGUUGACGUUCGAGGGGCGAACGGCGGUGGAUAUCUACAGGAGGCUGACGAGGCGGAAGGAUUUCGAGACGAGGAGAGAGAAAGGUCAGGAGGCGAAUAAUAAGGAUAGGAUGUGCGUUGAUUUGUUGGAGAGGGAGAUGCGGAGGAAUCCGGUUGUGGGGGAAAAGUCGGUUUCGCCCCUGGCUGUGGCCGAUGACUUGCGGAUGAAGUUGCUCUACUUGGAAGAUCGAGUGGCGUUUGCACGUAUGUUUUUCCCUACGGAAGCUAAGCUAGCUAUGGAAAUUGCACACGCCGAGACCACAACAGAAGUCACCAGUCUCUUGUACUCGAGAGGCUCAAGCGGGAACUUGAUGGAGGUUGAUCUAAACGAGACACCCAUCACUCAAAACAAGAAGCUUCUUUCAAGAAUCGGAACGCUCUCAAGAACAGUUGAGUUGGGAAGACGAUAUUUUCCGAAUUGCUCACAAGUUCUGGAUAAGUUUAUGGAAGAUGAUCUGUCCUAUCUCGAGAAGGGCACACCGGAAGAACAGAAAAUGAAACGAAAGCGUUUUAUGGAGCUCAAAGAUGAAGUUAACAAAGCGUUCAACAAGGACAAGGCGAAGCUUCAUCGCUCGGGAUUUUCUUCGUCAAUGGCUUCCUUCAAGGACCCGUCAAGUUACAAAGUUAAGAAACUACGAGAAAACUAAGAAUUUUUAUUUUUUAUUUUUUCAUUCUCUCCGUGUAAUCAUCAAAAGAUUUACGGAGUUAACUAUGUUCUGUUUUUGGUGCAAGUAUUAAUGUCUCCAUUGCUUUUGAUGUUGUGCUUUAUGAGAAGCUGUAGUGAUAUCUUUUAUACUUGUAUGUAAAAGGAAAAGUCGCUGUAAGUUUUGAAAAUUUACGAAACAUUAUCCCUUCCUUUUUA